AUGAUCAAAUUGAUGCUAGUUAGCUUGUGCCUUUUCUUCGCUAUAUUGAUUGUAGCAGUGGAUGGCCAAAUUGAUUUGUCUAAAUUAUCACCACCAACUCAGUCACCGGAUCAAGUUAAACCUAAAAAGGAACAGCAAGUUUUCACAAAGAAAUGCACUAGUAUUGCAAAUACAUCAAGUUGUUGCGAUGGAAAGAAGAUUCAUCGCUAUGUUAUGAAGGGCUUAUGCAUUAGUAAGCGAUCUAUUAAAGAUUUACUAUGCGAAGGCGCUUGUAGACCGAAUAAUAUCCCACAAGAUGUUAGCGCUAGCAAGCGCUAUAUUUGGCGUUGUGUGGCCCAUUUUCGUAAAACUAUACGCGUUAAAAUGAAUUGUUUUGAUGGUACUACGAAAUAUGCUUUCCCGUCAGUUGUUCGUAAAUGCGUAUGCAAGCGCUAUCGGAGAAGGCAAAAUGAAACAAAGCAAAAAAUUCUCAAGCGCAGCCUUGAAAGUUAUUUUGUCGUAGCGUAA